CACCCUGUCCAACAAGAUCGUUCUUCCCGUCCUAUUCAGGAUGCCCAACCGAGUUCUUCCUCGACCCCUUCCGUGCUUUCGCACGGUGUCUCUGAUGAGACUCAAACAUCUAAUUUCGGCUCUGCUUCUUCUGGUCAACAUUUAUUAAGGAUACGGGAUAUGUGCUACAAUCUCCACACUCAUGAGCGCCCUUGAUUUUGGACGACCCAUCUCAAAAUCCCUAUUUACACUCUAUCUCUUCACGCACAAUGAUAUUCUGACGACGAUCAUUCCAACGACACUUUUCGCACUGGUGUCAGCCCCCCUCUACAGCCCUUACCGAUGUGUUCAUGUGGUCUGGUGGAUUUGGCUUCAUCUCCUUCAUUUCAAUGUUGCCAAUCAAGUGAUUGAUCCAGCAGAAGAUGGCAGGAACAAAGCUAGUCGACCAAUACCAGCGGGAUACAUUAGUUUACGAGAUGCGGUCUAUCUACGCUGGUCCUUGGUCCCCAUAUGCUUGGUAUCAUCAGCAUUCUACAGCAUCCAAGUGCUAAGCGCAAGCCUAGCGAUAACUCUGCUCACUCUUUGGUACAAUGAAUUCAAAGCCCAUAGUCAUUGGUUUUCAAAAAACUUAAUGACCGGCUUAGGAUAUGCUUGCUUCCAGGCUGGGGCCACCCUCAUUGCAGGCCGAGAUAUGUCGCGGCUAGAGCCGAAUGCUCUCUUAGCUGUGCUGCUUAGCAUCGCUAUGUUCGCCACCACGCUCCAAGCACAGGAUUUCAAAGACCAAGAAGGAGAUCGCUCCAUAGGUAGACGAACGCUGCCGAUCGCACAUCCUUCUCCAGCUCGUGUGUCCAUGUUUAUAGGACUUCCGAUGUGGUCGAUUUGUCUUACUCAGGUCUGGAGGAUGGACGCAUACUGUAGCGUCGCAUUCGUAUUAUAUUCGGGUCUUAUCGGAUUACGAUUCAUGGUAUGUAAGACAACUCAGGCGGACCGUCUGUCGUGUCAACUAUAUAGUCUUUGGUUUUCUGUUGCACAUCUACUUCCUGGUUACUGGCGUUACUUCCAUGAAGCACGCAUACAUAUAUCAUAGUGUUCCCUGAACUGGAUGCUUGAUCCAAGACCUUUCCACUCUGGACUUAUGGUCGUCGCAAUUUGUUA